CGGGCGGGGGGUAGCGGCAGAUCCCGUAAGUCGGGCGGCCGCGUAGUAGCUGCAACCUCCGCUGCAGCAGCCACAUUCAACAGGCAGCAGCGCCGUGGUUGUGCUGCGGCCAGCAAGCGGCCCGCGGCGUCCGUCAGUCCUCCGGUCCGCGGGCCCUGUCAUCAGGAGCGCGGCGCCGGUGCUGUCCGCGCCCGGCGCCCCUGGCCUGCCGUCCCGUCGGUGCAGCGGACCCAGAGGAGUCUAGAUGUUGAUGGACUCGUGAAGUUAAGUUCUGGGCUCGCGCUUCCACUUCGCCACUUCUUCCUCCGGGUUUCCGUCCUCUUGCGGCGCUGACCUCGCUCCCAAUCUCGGACCAGCUCUUCGCGGCCCCCCCCUUCCUUUGGCUCCCGGUGCUGCGCUCUACCCCUUCUCGGCUCUCCCGCGGCUGGGGGAGGGGCGGGGGUCACCAUGGCCGAAGCGCCCCAGGUGGUGGAGAUUGACCCGGACUUCGAGCCGCUGCCGCGGCCGCGUUCGUGCACCUGGCCGCUUCCCAGGCCAGAGUUUAGCCAGUCCAACUCGGCCACCUCCAGCCCGGCGCCGUCGGGUGGCGCGGCCGCGAACCCCGAUGCCGCCGCGGGCCUGCCCUCGGCGGCCGCUGUCAACGCGGACUUCAUGAGCAACUUGAGCCUGCUGGAGGAGAGUGGGGACUUCCAGCAGGCGCCCGGCUCCGUGGCGGCGGCUGCGGCGGCGGCCGCGGCGGUGGCGGCAGCGGCGGCUGCAGCAGCGGCUGCCACUGGGGGGCUGUGCGGGGACUUCCAGGGCCCGGAGGCGAGCUGCCUGCACCAGGCGCCACCGCAGCCCCCGCCGCCCGGGCCGCUGUCUCAGCACCCGCCCGUGCCCCCCGCCGCUGCCGGGCCGCUGGCUGGGCAGCCGCGCAAGAGCAGCUCGUCCCGCCGUAACGCGUGGGGCAACCUGUCUUACGCCGACCUCAUCACCAAGGCCAUCGAGAGCUCGGCCGAGAAGCGGCUCACGCUGUCGCAGAUUUACGAGUGGAUGGUCAAGAGUGUGCCCUACUUCAAGGAUAAGGGUGACAGCAACAGUUCGGCGGGCUGGAAGAAUUCCAUUCGUCACAAUCUGUCCCUGCACAGCAAGUUCAUCCGUGUGCAGAAUGAAGGGACCGGAAAGAGUUCAUGGUGGAUGCUCAACCCCGAGGGGGGCAAGAGUGGCAAGUCCCCCCGGAGGAGAGCGGCGUCCAUGGACAACAACAGUAAAUUCUCCAAGAGCCGGGGCCGGGCCGCCAAGAAGAAAGCCUCCCUCCAGUCUGGCCCGGAGGGUGCCGGGGACAGCCCGGGGUCUCAGUUCUCCAAGUGGCCCGCCAGCCCGGGCUCUCACAGCAACGACGACUUUGAUAACUGGAGUACGUUCCGCCCACGCACCAGCUCCAACGCGAGCACCAUCAGUGGGCGGCUGUCCCCCAUCAUGACGGAACAGGACGAUCUCGGAGACGGGGACGUGCAUCCGAUGGUGUACCCGCCGUCCGCAGCGAAGAUGGCUUCCACUCUGCCCAGUCUGUCGGAGAUCAGCAGUCCCGAGAACAUGGAGAACCUCUUAGACAACCUCAACCUCCUCUCGCCACCGACGUCCUUGACCGCCUCCACCCAGUCCUCCCCCGGCACCAUGAUGCAGCAGGCCCCCUGCUACUCGUUCGCCCCGCCCAGCACCAGCCUGAACUCGCCGAGCCCAAACUACCAGAAGUACACCUACGGCCAGUCCAGCAUGAGCCCCUUGCCCCAGAUGGCAAUGCAGACGCUUCCGGACAGCAAGGCGGCCUACGGCGGGCUCAGUCAGUACACCUGCGCGCCAGGGCUCCUGAAGGAGCUGCUUACCUCCGACUCUCCUCCCCAUAAUGACAUCAUGGCACCCGUUGAUCCCGGGGUGGCCCAGCCUAACAGUCGGGUCCUCAGCCAGAAUGUGCUCAUGGGCCCUAAUUCGGUCAUGCCAGCCUAUGGCAGCCAGGCAUCUCACAACAAAAUGAUGAACCCCAGCUCCCACACCCACCCGGGACACGCUCAGCCGGCGUCCGUAGUCAACGGGCGCGCCUUGCCCCACGCGGUGAGCGCCAUGCCCCACAGCUCGGGCAUGAGCCGCUUGGCCCCGGCAAAGACCGCUCUGCAAGUGCCUCUGCCCCACGCCAUGCAGAUGAGCGCCCUGGGGGGCUACUCCUCGGGGAGCAGCUGCAACGGCUACGGCAGGAUGGGCGUGCUCCACCAGGAGAAGCUGCCGAGCGACCUGGACGGCAUGUUCAUCGAGCGCUUGGACUGCGACAUGGAGUCCAUCAUCCGGAACGACCUCAUGGACGGGGACACGCUGGACUUCAACUUCGACAGCGUGCUGCCCAACCAAAGCUUCCCGCACGGCGUCAAGACGACGACGCACAGCUGGGUGUCCGGCUAGGAGCGAGCCGGCAAGCAGGCUGCAUUUAAAAGUACUUCAGAUUGUCUGACAGCAGGAACUGAGAAGAAGUCCAAAGAUGUCCGUCACCCCAUCUUUUCGUUUUCUUGAUUCAAAAAAACAAAAACUUUUUUUUUCCCUUCGUCAGACUUGGCAGCGAAGACACUUUUCCUGUGCAGGAUGUUUGCCCAGUGUUCGCAGUUCUGCGCUGCUGCAGAUAAGGGCCAUGGCGUUGGAGAUUCCAUUACAAUCAAGUGCCAAACUCGCUGCCCCGAGCGACUGCAGACCAGGCUCGCGGAUCCUGUGUGCUCUCAAGUUUUGUAUAUAAGCAGUAGCUACAGGAUUGUCUUUGUGUGUGUUUUGUUUUUUAAAUAGCCAUUCGGUCCAAGGAAAGUUUAUACUCUUUUUUUUUUUUUUUUGUAAUACUGUGAUGGUCUUGUGUCCUUAAUAAGUUAAACUUUUGUGCGUCCUGUGUUCUGCCGAACUGACGAAUCCCCGAGAACCAAGCCCUCCGCCCAGCACCUCCGCGGUGCAGCUUCGGACUUGCUCAUGCUGCCCGGUCACUCACACGAGAUGCAACACCCUGUCAGCGAUCUGCUGAGUCAGUGGACUUGUCAGACUCUUUGGGGGAAAAAAACAGAGUAAAUGCCAGCCUUGUACAGGUCUUUUCUAUUUUUUUUUGUUUGUUUAUUUUGUUAUUUGCAAAUUUGUACAAACAUACGAAUGGUUCUAAUUUCCAGAUAAAUGAUUUUUGAUGUUACUGUUGGGACUUGAUCAUUUUUGGAAUAGAUGCUGAACUGUAAUGUUUUCUUAAAACUAGAGUCUACUUUGUUAUAUAAUAUACUGCCUGUAAAUUUACAGACUCCCAGAUAUUUGAGACAGCAUCCAUAAUUUUCAUUUUGUAUUCUAACUGGAUUAGUACUAAUUUUGUACGUGCUUAACUGGUUUGUACACUUGGGGAUGCUGCGUGGUGAUGUUCGUGACUAAUCUUAAAAUCAUUGUAAUUAGUACUUGCCUACACAGUGUUUCUGGCCCUGUUUUGGCAGGAGAGGGAUGUAUAGUUAAGGACAUUUUUGUGUUUCAAGUUCAGGAGAGCUUGGUGUGUUUCUGUGUACGUAUUUUAAAGGGAUUACAUCUGCCGUUCCCCCGUGAACUUGGCGCACCACAUAGCAUGGUGGCCUCUUGUCCCUGCAGCUCCUCCUGGGAGGCCUUGUCGUGUCUGUCACGCAGGAGGGGAGGCCUGCACCCGAAAUAGGACCCCUUUCCCAGACGGGCCUUCCCAUCAACAACCACUUGAAGCCGAGCUGCACUGGAAGUUUUCCCUCGCAAUUCUGCACCCUUAUUUUGGCCCGGGUGGAGGUGGGAUUUUAUAGCCUUGCCUUGAAGGCUCCCGUCCGCCCCCACCCCUCACCCCUUUCCUUCUGUCCUCCCGUCCUGCAGAUUAUACGUAGAACGCUGUGGGGAGCCCUUCAGGGGGGUUUAGAAGUGGGACUUCAGCGACGAGUGGGCUGCUCUGUGUUCAUGAGCAUAGAAGCUGCUACCCAAUGGCAGAAAGAUUGUUGAAAACCUGGGGCGAUUCAUCUGAAAAUCAACAAACCAGCUCUAAGUUGUAUAUUUGAAUUUUAAAAGCCUUUGUAUAAGUUAAGAAUUUCUUUAGCCUUUUAGCAACCUAAACUAUGAUCCUGAUCAUUAUGUUGUAAUAUUUUCCAUUUACCUGUAACUGACAGACCAGGUUCAUUGGCUUCGCGUCCCACUGGCAGCCUUUGGUAUUUUCAAGUCAUGUGGAUGCCCAAAGUCAGCACAAUAAAAGGAACAGCUGAACAAAAAAUGUCCCUCUCGCCAGCUUGAGAAGGCUCUGAUCUGAUUUCCGUGUGCUUACCCCAAACGGCAUUUGCUUGGUCUCAUCCGUGAAUUGCAUUGCUGUUGGCUUAGUUUUUUCUACAUGUUUAACAAGAACAGAAGUGUCCUUGAUAGAUUUCCUCCCCGGGGCUGGCUCUGUGGUAAGAUUCCCACUGUAACAACUUCUGUGGUGUUGAAGAGCUGUUCAACACCCCUCUGCAUCGCCGGCUGCUCCGAGGCGCACCUGGUCAGACAAAUGCCAUCCCCCUCGGGGGUGCCUCCCGCCUGCGGGACAGACCUCGUUGGUGCCGCUGACUCGGUUUCCGUGACACAAGUGCCCCAGGAUACCCUGACCCCUUGCCCGCACACAUGAGCCUCAGAGACAGCCACAGCCAACAUCGCUGUCCCAACCUUACUGCUUCAUGUGGCUGCUGAAGGUCUUUCUUAUUCCUACGUCUGUGUGAAUAUCUUUUUUUCCUUCAAGUUUUUCUUUUCCGUGUUAAAAUCCUGACAUGAAUCCUGGGUAGCUGGCUCUCUGGGGUACAGCGAACCCCAGCGGAAGGCCCCUUGUAUAUUUUGAAAACAUUAUGUGACCUCUGAUUUCUUUUUCUGUACGAAGACUGACUUUCUGGAGUAAUUAAUACACCAGUUUUACUGUACAUGGUUGCUUUGUGAGAUGUGCAGACGGUAUCACCUACGCAGCCUUGUUUGAUUUCUUUCCCCCCGGUUUGUACUGUUAUUAAAAGCAUAUUGUAUCAUAGAGCUCUUCAGAUAUUUUAAAUAUAAAGUGUUUCUGUAAUACAGACGUAUGGGCUGGACGUAGGUCAUAUGUGCCAUGGGAGGCUCUGCUAGGACAGACAUGCACAGUCUCGGUCAACCAGCGCGCGCUGUACUGCGGGGAACAGCGGAUCAGUGGGGCCUCCGAGAUGAGGGGGUGCCUGAGGCGGAGAGGUUCUCCGUGGGGAGACGGUGCAGGUCGUUCCACGGCUGGGGCUGUUACCUUAGCCCCCUGGCAUUUUCACAGUCAGCUCUUCAGAGUUCUUAAUUCAUAACAGGUUUUUAAACGAGAAGUUUCUCUCGUGAUUUUAGUUUGCAAGUCGUCAUUCAAUAAAGAACAGUGGAAUCUGUACGGACAAAGCCGGGGGCGCGCCCUGGGGCCACCUCCUGGAGGGCGCUGUGUGGUCUGGCAGCGUGGCCCACACGGGCCACGCCCACACUGUCGGGGCGCAGUCCUGCCCUCCCGCAUCCUGCUCCCGGCCUUCAGUGAGGGCGCAGGCCCCCCUUCCCGGCCCCAGUGCUCGAGAAGUGCCUGAUGAUGGGGAUGUACUUACAGAUACAAGAACAAUCUUUGCUAUUAUUGUGUAAAAGCCAUAAAUGUACAUAAAUUAUGUUUAAA